AUGACCUGGACGGCCACUCAGGAGUUUCUCCAUGGAAGAGUGAUUCGCCCAUUUCUUCCUUUGGACAAGCAUCCCAACCUCAACAACAUCCAUUUCAAGAACUUAUACCCUGGUGAUGAGGUGUACAUCUUUGAGACGAAGAAUGACAAGUGGGCCCGUGGGUACUCGCUCACUCGUCCAUUCCCGAGCGAGUUCUGUGUCACCUCAGUGAACUUGGACGAUUUGGCCGGUCUCAAUGUGAAAAUUGUUGUUUUUCCGUUGCACUACGUGAAAGUGGUGGAAAAGUUGCCCUUGAAGAUGCUCCGUGUGUCUGGAAGCUCCACCAAUCCGCUCACUGUAGCCCCUGUUGCUUCUUUGAACGAUACUGAACAAGCCGAGGCUAGGGCAAAGGCCACCAUCAAGACUGACGCUGCUGUUCCGCCUUUACCUUACGAGAGUUUCACUUUUGCUGGUGAAUUGGAGGAUGAGAUCACUUAUGCGAUCAAUCUUUUGACAUCCCAUCUCUUCGAGUUGUACUCUAUGGGAGAGUUCAGACUCUUCAACAAGCUCUACGAUAUCUACAAGAGAUUGGACGAAAUGCGUGUCAAGCUUGCUCACGAGACCUUGACUCAGGAUGAGACCAGAAUCACCAAGGAGACAGUCACAUCUUUGAUCUGUGCUGUGCCCAAGAGUUUGGCCUCGCGUGCCGCUAGAACUAGUGAAGAAAAUUAUGACUUGGAUAACAAAAACACGGACAUUUCCGCUUACAAGGCUAUCAUUGCCAGAGACACUGUUGACGGUACGUUGUUGUCGUUGGCGCUGGCCCUGCCUGCGCAGUUGGCUUUGAACCAGGAACUUUGCGCUUUGUUGCCCAAAUUCCCGGUCAAUGCUCACUACGACCAUGAAAAGUAUGUCGUGAAGCCGCGUCUCAACAAGAAGCUUCUGCAUGAACAUCCUUCUCACAUUCUUGUCGAUUUUCAAUCGGUGACUGGUUCCUCUAGCCACCAGCCCACUGGGUUCGCCGGUAUGAUUGCGUACUUGUACAUUCGUAAUGCCAAAAAGCGUUUGACGGAGGCUUUUGCAGUGCACACCGAUUCCGUGCAGCAACUUUUGUUUGUCGAGAAGAUCUCUGCGGCUUUUUUUAGAAAUAUUCCAGCAGCUGAGGUCGAGAACAACAGAAUCUACUUAGUGGCCAUUUUGACAGAAGAGAUCAAUUUGCGCCCUAAAGAAGGUAAGGUGAAUCAAAUCAAGAAGAUCAAGAAGGGUGUUGCUGCUGGUGUCACUGAUAUCACGAGAGUUUUUUCUAGAAACCAAAACUCCUUAGCUUCUGGCGAGUCUCACCAGUUUUCCAUUAGACUUUUCGGUUCUUACAUGUCCGAGGCUAAAAAGGUUGACCCAUCUAAGAUUGACAACAAUGGUUGGGGUGAACUCAUUGAUCGUAUUAUCAAAAACACUAACCUUGGUGUGGCGAUCAAUUCAAGAGCAGAGAAAUUGGUAGUCAAAGUGAAAGAGUUUAAGCAUCAGCUGUCCACAUCUGGAAAUAUUCAAUCUAAGCUUCCAGGCGCCGACCCAUCUUUGGAUGACACGGUAGAUGCUAGUGGUGAUACUAAGGAAAGCGAGCCCAUCGCUAAGAUCUGGCCGAUUUUCUUCGAUCCUUUGGCUGAAAAUUACGAGCGUAUCUAUUUGAAAAUGGGUAAGUUAUCCUUAGUUGGACCUGGAGAUAAAGGCGAGAUGUUGACUGUUGUGGUUAGCGCUCCAAACAAUCCCAACAUUCGUUUUGCCAAAGCUUCCAAUCAAAUUGAAAAGCCUGAUUGGCAUUUCAUUUCCGUUUUCUCCGGGGAAGUUGUUGGUGAAAUUGUCAAGGUUGAAGGUAUCCAUUUAGAAAAGCCAAAGCAAAAUCUUCCCUCUACAGACCAUUUGCUUCUUACCUUGUACAGUAAUGGUAUCUACAUUGGAGAAGGUCUGGUAUUGUACAAGAAAAACAAUCAGAUUGUUCUCUUCAACGAAAAGCCUUUCUAUGAUAUUGAAUUUGUUCCAGCAAAACUGAAGCCAGCCAUUGCACAAGUGGAGAUUAACACCGAGUACGUUGGAAAGACGUUCAAUGUUGACCCUGCUAUUGAGAGUGUCAUGAACUUCCGUGAAUACAUUUCUAGAGGAAGCAAGGGAAUUGAUGAGUUGACUCAAAGUAUGGCAGGUCUUUGUCAUUUAAAUUUGGCUACAGUUGUUAAGUUUUUCUUCGAAAUACUUUUUUCGCUCUUCGACUUAACAGACGUCUGUUUGUCUCACGCUGACAGUGGUGCCUACAAUGGCAUUCUUGAUCUCAACUACAGAUGCUUGGUCCAUAUCCUAGACACUAUGCUUGGCAGACAAGACCAAUAUUCGUAUUUGUUCGACCAAUACUUGCGCGCGCAUCUUGUCAGUCAAGCCGCAGGUGUGUUCUUUUUGAACAAGUUGGCAAACGUUCUCGCUGUUGCAAAGACUGAAUGGAAUUCUGUAUCCCGUUCAAGUUGUCGUGUUUUGAGCUUCAUUAUCCAACUUUCAUUGUCCUCUGCCAAGCAAAAUAAGGAGCAGCUGGUCUAUAUGGCAGCUCUCAAUAAUUUAUGCGAUUCUGCUGCAGAUUUCAUCGCAAAUGAGUCUCCAAUUCUUGUUAGUGAUCAAAUUUUGGUUUUGGAAAUUCCUGAUUUUAUCUCGCACUUCGAGGAUGACCUUGACAAUCGCGAAUUGCUUCGCAUCAUUGUGAAGUUUAUUGACACGGUGGGAACAAAGGGAUUGGGCUUCGACGAGGAGCGCUUGACCGGACGCCGCCCAGUGCAAGCUUCCAAGGAUCAUAUGGUGGGUGUCACCAAAUUGCUCGUCAUUCAGCGUCUCUUUGCCCGCAAAUUCGUGCGCAUUCCUUACCUUGCUGCAAUUUUGAUCGCCAAGAGUGUCUCUUGGAGUAUGGACGUAUUUUUGGGACCCAUGGAUAUUGACACGACUCGUCUCGCAGCGCUGAUCAUGAACUGUGUGUGUGACUUGAUUUCGAAUAUUGGAGAUGAAGAAGGUAUGAAGAAUAUUUGCUACUCGCUCACUAAACAUAUGGGUGUUGUAGCUCGUACAAUUGUGAAGUACAAUAAGUUCCUCAAAGGAAACGAUUACUUCAAGCCCAAGAAGUCAUUCUCGCAGCUCUUCCAAAACUCAUAUCCAUUUAUUGAGACCGUCUGUGAUCCUGUGGUAGGCGAAGAACAUGUGGUUGAAGUUCUUAUUGAGUUGUCCAUUGUCUUUGUAUACAUUGCCCGGAUCGGUAAGCAAGCAGCAGGUUCUCAAGGACUAUACCUUAUUCACUCCACCAGUAUUCCGAAUGACUUCUACAACUCCUCAAAAUUGAACUCGUCAAAUGGAUUGACUGAGGAUAUGUCCGCAACUUUAUCGGGUAUCCAACUCAUCAGACAAGGUCAAUUUUUCCCCGAGGACAAAUGGCUUUCCUUGUAUGCCGUUAUUUGUGAGGGAUGUUUGCUGGCUCUUGAGCUCAUUGCACCUUUGAUGAAUGUGCAUUUCAUUCCGGAUGUUGACCACCCUGAAUUGUUUGACCGUUCAUUGUGGGGCAAGUUCAUGCGGAACUUGCUCAAGCUCGGCUCCUUGGCCCCAGUGUCUUUGGAGCACUUGUCCACCUUGCCUCGUAAGGCUUGUCAUCAGAUUACUAGCACUAUGCGUGACCGUGUGUCGAAUAUUUUAUCUGAAUCCUGGGAUGCGUUGGCUUGGGAUGCAACCAAUGAGGACUAUGAGAGGUUUAAUCUUGAACGCUUCGGAGGCUACCAAGUUGAAUUUAUCGGUAGUGACUUUGGUGUCUUGCCAGACUUGAUGCUUUUUGCUUUGCAAAGAAAUCCAACGUGUCAAAAGAUCUCGGCAAAGAUUCUUUGGUCGAUUAUGAUUUCUGAAUACAUCUUGAGUGAUACUAUUGUUGAUGUUGAAAAAGAGUGCUUGGUUGGCUUGCACAAUAUUUACUACAGAGCAGCUUAUAAGCCAGCCAUCAACGAGCAGCGUCUUUUCGUUGAGCAGCUCAAAUCUGAGAUCCACAUCGAUCCUCAAGACGAAGCUUUCUCAUUGAUUGUCAAAUUUGUGCGUAAUCUUUCUGGAUUCCUUGACAUUUUGAAUGACUUGAAUACCGUUCCUGCUGGACCUCAGUUCGAGGAUGACCGUACGUUCCACAAGUUGAAAAUCAAUGCCUAUUUGAAGGAAGCAAACAAACCUGAGCUCUUCCACUCCUUUGUCAACCAGAUGUACGAGGAGAAUAUUGCAAAGGGCGACUUUAUUCAGGCCGCAUUGAGUUUGGAACUUUUGGCAUCUUCGUACACUUGGGAUCACCACUUGAUUUUGCCUCCAUCGUAUCGUCCUAAGUUUCCUCAGCAGACUUCUUUCGAGCGUAAAGAGGGUUUGGUGAAAUUGAUUGCCCAUAAUUAUGUGAAGGGUAACGGUUUGGAGCGUGCCACAGAUACCUAUAACAGAUUGUUGGAAGCCUACAACCAGCACACUUUAGAUUUGAAAUCGUUUGCAUAUGUUCACCAGAAGCUUGCCAAGCUUUACUUGGAAUUGGAGUCCUCUGACAAGUUGAGUCCUUCCUACUUCAAGGUUUCAUACAUUGGAAAUGGUUUCCCAUCCAAUGUUCGUGGUAAAGAGCUUAUUAUUGAAGGUCUUCCAUUCGAACAUAUCACAGCGGUGCAUGAACGAUUCCUUCGUCUUUUCCCCGGUGCCUCGAUUGUGCUGUCCGAAGAACAAGUGGUCGAACUUCUGAAGAAACCACAAGCUGGUAGAUUCAUCCAUGUCACCAGCGUUGAACCUGUGAACGAAAUUUCGGACAAGAUCUUGAACACCUCCAUUGGUGAACGUCAAUACGCAAAGAACAAGCAUUUGAAGUCGUUCUCGACCGUGAAGAAGCUUAUUGGCGCUACUUCUGUUUUCGACCUUUGGACUGAGGAAGUGACGUACGAAACGCAAGUGACUUUCCCAACUUUGAUGAACCGAAGUGAAAUUGUCAGUACCUCAGUUGUUCGUUUGUCGCCACUUGAGAAUGCUGUGCGUAGUAUUCUCAACAAGAAUACCGAGAUUGCACAAUUGGAAAGUCUCAUCAAUGCUUCAUACAAUGAGAAGAGUGACUAUUCCUCAUUCUUGAACGAUAUGAGUAGGCAAUUGGCCGGAACAGUCGACUCUCCGGUCAACGGAGGAAUUGGUCAAUACCGUACUUUCUUCUUGGACCCACAGUAUGAUGGUAAACCAGAGUAUGCAUACAAUGUGCGCUUGCUUAGAAGCAGUUUCCACGACUUGGCAAUUACAUUGAACAGAUGUUUGCAGUUGCACGGUAAAUUGGUGGCGCCCGCUAUGCGUGGAUCGCAUGAUAUCUUGGUAGAGUUGUUCAAGCAAAACUUCAAGGACGAAAUCGACACCUUGAAGCUCAAGACAGACCAUGAUUAUCUGGCCUACAACCAUUCAGCGACGAAGUUGUCUGGCAGCGAGACACCACUGCUGGCUAAUGGGCGCCGAAACAGUUUGGAUUCAACACGCACACCAAGUAUCAAGUCGAAGGAAUCUGGAUUCUCUGAUCUCAGCAAGAACAAGCGGUCCGCAUUGUACUGGAAAAUGAGAGGUGUCUUACGUGGUUAG